AUGGGGAAGAAGAAGCUUUCACUGAAGCCGGUCCAACGUGGGUACGGUACCACGUCUGUCCCAACAAAGAAAGCCAAAGCCGAAGCAGAGGCUGCAGCUUCGGCAGCGGCAUCGGAGCCCGAGGCAGACGCGGCCCCAGCAAACCAAGAAAUCGCGACUCGGCCCGCCCUUGAUCAGCCGCAUCAGACCUCGACUUCCCAGGGGCCAAAAGAUGCUAUCCCACCCCCCGAGGACGGCCAAGUUGAUUCAUGGGACAGUGAUCAAACCUUGGAACAAGCGGUCUUGCAAGGUCUGGUAGAUAGGCUUCAAGAACGGUCGGACAAGGAGGUGUCGCGAGUUCUGAAGGCCAUUGAGUUUGAUGCCAGGUUUGCUGCAUCGUUUCCUCGUUUGACUAUGGAUGAGACGACACGGAAUGAAAUUCUCUCAUAUGCCAUCCAGGACUACGAGGAAGCAAGUGGUCAUCGAACGCAAGGUAUGCCACCUGAUCCCUCCCAGCCAGACGGAGACAAGACACUCUCGAGAGUGUAUAUCGCCUAUCAGGUCUUACUUCGCUCUGGUUUCCCAUCCGACAGAGUGAAGCAGUACAUUCUGGAGGGGAUGCUUCAAGGCCAAGGGUGGCAGGAGGGCUUCGAAUGGAUGUGGCUCCACAUGUCCGAGGAUGAAAGUCGACAGGUGGUGAAGGGCAACAUCCAGGGAGAAACUGAGUUCUUUGAAGCGAACCCAUCAUCUCUUGAUGCCCCCUUGCUAGACGUGGCAGUCGAGGAAGCGCCGCCUGCGAUAUCACCACCGCCUGCCACAGAAACCACGGUCAUUCCAACCCAGGAUUCGGCGUCUAUGGAGGCAUCAGUAUCUGCUUCUUUAUUUCAAUCGCAAGGUGGCUCCGACUCUGAUCCUGAGUCGGACUCUGAGGCCGAGCUCGACAUCAACAAGGAGAAUCAAGAUUGGGCCCAGCUCAUGCUCGAACUCGACAGCUUGAGGAUAUCAGCUGGUACUGGCAAAGCCAAGGGCAAGAAGGGCAAAACGAACGCUGUUGUCAUGGAGACGCCAGAAAUGGUCAAGCUGAAAAACAAGAUUGCCAAGGUGGAGAAACAAUACAUGUUCAGCCGAAAGGAUGCCGACGUCAUUCUCAAGGCUCUCAAGUCGAAGCGAGACAUGCAACUUCUGGAGACAAAGCUCAAGGGCCUUCCGGACUCCAAUCGAUCAUCUCCUGCACCCCCAUCGACGGUCGAAGCAUCUCAAGUGGCCACUCCCAGUCACGCGGCAUCAGAACCUGCGGAGCCAUCGGGCGACUUUGACGACGACAGCGACGACGGAGGCAUGUUUGGAAACAUGCUUGAGCAGCCAGAGGAGGGUGCAGCCCCACCACCUUCAACAAACACGACCAUCGUGGUGCGCGAGAUGCCCAUCCCCAAGCAGUUCUCGUUCAGCGGAAACACUCCCAAAGCACUGCUGCGAUUGGCGCUGUCAAAGUCAGCUAAACACGCCGCCAUUUCUUUUGCGCGACUCUCUGGAAAUGCUCGCGUUGCUCGGUCCGGGGUUGAGAUCCGCUGGUCUCCGCUGAAGAGGCGAGCGUGGAGGAUGGACGACAUUGCGUGCGGAAGUUUUGAAGAAGCCGAAAACUACAUCUCGACUCUCGCCCUCCACGAGCUUUCUCAAAGCGGCAUGCUUUCGGGGGUAAACUGGAGGACGAUGCCGCCGGCAUACCGAGAGCUUUGGGACGAGCUUGAAUCGGCCUAUCAGCUGAAGAUCGAUGCUGAGAAUCGCGAAAGGUGGAAGGUUGUCAAAGAUCUAGUCGACCAAAAGGUACAGGCGUUCAACAACGCAUCAACAGUCGAAGUAUCUUCCAAGCCAGCUGUUGCCACCCCAUCGGAGAACACCGAUGUUAUUGUUCCUCAGGGGUCUGUCUACUCACAAGAGCUUCAAAGCCAAUUCGAGAAGCGGAUUUCCUCCCCAUCAUAUCGCAAGAUGCGACAAGACCGCGACACCUUACCCAUCGCUCCCUUCCGAGACGACAUCAUCAAGACGACGGAAAACUCACAAGUUCUCGUAUUCGGCGGCGAGACUGGUUGCGGCAAAUCGACCCAGCUUCCUGCGUUUAUUUUGGAACAUUCCCUAGCCCAAGGCAAGCCUUGCAAGAUUCUCGUCACCGAGCCUCGUCGAAUCAGCGCCAUAUCCCUUGCUCAACGUGUCUCCGCUGAGCUGGGUGACAGCCCUGGAGCAAUGGGGUCCAAUGCGUCCUUGGUGGGCUAUUCAAUUCGGUUGGAAUCAAAGUCUUCUGCAAACACUCGACUGCUGUUCGUCACCAAUGGUAUCGCCCUUCGCAUGCUGGAAGGAGGCUCCGGUAGUGGCGGCAAAUCGACAGCAUUUGACGAAGUUACGCAUAUCAUUGUCGACGAAGUGCACGAACGGUCCAUUGAAUCCGACUUUCUUCUGAUCGUCCUCAAAGAACUUCUGCUGGUCCGAAUGGAUCUCAAGGUCAUUCUCAUGUCCGCCACGGUUGACGCUGAGAGGCUUUCGGCAUUCUUUGGGGGCUGCCCCUUCAUGUCAGUUCCGGGUCGGACGUUCCCAGUGACUGUUCGUUAUCUGGAGGAUGCCGUUGAGCAAACGGGGUGGCACAUCGAUGAGUCAUCUCCCUAUGCUGUUUGGACAAGGAAUAAGAAGCCUGGUUCCAAACAGUUGGAAUGGACGGAAGACACUCCUGCGGCCACGGAUUCGUCGGACGACGAGAGCAAGCCAUCAGACCCAACAAAGCUGUCGUCCCAACGGUACUCUCCCAAAACAGUCGAGACCGUCAAUCUCCUAGACUCCCGUCAAAUCCCAUACGACCUCAUCAUUCGCCUUUUGGAACAAGUUUGUUUUGACGACCCAUCCCUCCAGCAAUUUUCACCUGCUACUUUGGUGUUCAUGCCAGGUCUGGCGGAAAUUCGAAAGCUCAAUGACGCAUUGCAAUCCCACCCGAGGUUUGGGGCAUCGUCGGAUUUUGUGAUCUAUCCUUUGCAUUCAACGAUCAGUUCUGAAGGACAGAGUGCGGUGUUCCAGAUACCACCUCCAGGUGUCAGGAAGAUUGUCAUCUCUACCAACAUUGCUGAAACCGGUGUCACGAUCCCCGAUAUCACGUGUGUUAUCGACACCGGCAAGCAACGAGAGAUGCGGUAUGACGAGAAGCGCCAGUUGUCACGACUGGUCGAAUCGUACAUUGCUCGAAGCAAUGCCAAACAGCGUCGUGGUCGUGCUGGCCGUGUUCAAGAGGGCCUGGCUUUCCACCUUCUCACCAAGGCGCGCCACGAUUCGCAACUGGCUGAGCACCCCGUGCCAGAAAUGCUUAGGCUGUCCCUCCAAGAUCUCGCCCUCCGUAUCAAGAUCUUGAAAAUCAAGAUUGGAACGAGCAUUGAAGACGUCCUCAUGAGGGCCCUAGACCCCCCAAGCUCUACCAACAUUCAGCGCGCAGUCUCUGCGCUGGUGGAGGUGAAAGCCUUGACAGCCAAUGAGGAAAUCACUUCCAUGGGCCGGUUGCUCAGCAAGCUACCCAUGGAUGUGCAUUUGGGCAAGUUCCUUCUCGUUGCCGCGCUCUUCAAAUGUCUUGAUCCGGCCCUCACCAUCGCCGCGACUCUCAACUCGAAGAGUCCUUUCGUGACUCCAUUCGGAUUUGAAGGCCAGGCUGAGGCCGCCAAGAAGAGCUUUGCUGUCGGUAACAGCGACUUCCUGACCAUUGCGAACGUAUUCGACAGCUGGCGCAGAGCUUCGGAGAAUGCCAACUUCGUCAGGACUUUCUGCAAGCGCAACUUUGUGUCCCACCAAAACCUCCAACAAAUCGAAGAACUGCGGCAGCAACUGCUGGCCUACCUGGUUGACUCGUCUUUUAUUGCGGCAACUCCCGCGCAGAAGGAGGAGAUUGCGAGCCGGAGUGCUCGUACUCGAUUUGUCACAGUGCCUCAAGAGUUCAACAGCAAUGGCCGAGAUUACAACCUUCUUGAGGCUGCCUUGGCAGCCGGCCUGUAUCCGAAGAUUCUGUCACUGGAGCCAAGUGGCGGCCUCCGCACGAUUACCAACCAACAGACGGUGGCGAUUCACCCCAGCUCCGUCAACUUCCGCAUCCCCAAGAGCGAGUUUGGCACGAGCUUCCUCACCUACUUCACCCUCAUGCAGUCAAAGAAACUGUAUGCCUGGGAAGUUGGUCCAGUGCAGGAGCUAUGGCUUGCACUAUUGUGCGGUGACUUGGCAGACUUCAAGAUUGACCGGAGGGUUCGGUUCCAGGCGGAUCCCAAAACGCUUAUCGCAAUCAAGCGGAUGCGGGAGCAGCUUGCAUCGGCACUGUCCAUUCGUCUUAAAGGACGAGCGCUUUCUCCCCGUCAGUUGGAAUGGUUCGAGCUCGGUCUGUCGUGCCUUGCCCUGAUCAGUCUGGCGCCGGAGAACAAGGUCGUUGUGGGAUGA